CCUUCUUCAUUCCCAUUCCACCCAAGUUAUCAAACAUUGUUUCUACUUUCUCAUUUGUUUGCUCUCUAGAACCUUCUGUCAUCUUUUCCUUUCCUUGAUUAGCAUAACUCAUUGUCGAUCAUCAUGGUCGUUGAAUCUGAACCCUUGCAAUCCCCUCGUUCAUCUAGCACCGAUGAGAAGAACGCAAAGGCUCUUCAAUUCAUUGAAGAAAUGACCCGAAACACUGACUCUGUCCAAGAGAGAGUCCUUUCUGAGAUUCUGAGCCAAAACGCUGAAACUGAGUACCUGAAACGUUUCGGUCUCAACGGAGCCACUGACCGUGAAACCUUCAAGUCCAAGGUCCCCGUCGUUACAUACGAGGAUCUGCUGCCUGACAUUCAACGUAUUGCUAAUGGUGACCGCUCUCCUAUCCUCUCCGCUCACCCCAUCUCUGAGUUCCUCACAAGUUCUGGAACAUCUGCUGGUGAAAGAAAACUGAUGCCAACAAUUGCUGAAGAGAUGGACCGUCGACAGUUACUGUACAGUCUUUUGAUGCCGGUGAUGAACCAAUACGUGCCUGAUUUGGACAAAGGCAAGGCACUGCACUUCCUGUUCAUUAAAGCAGAGACCAAGACUCCUAGUGGGUUAGUGGCACGUCCAGUGCUCACGAGCUAUUACAAGAGUGAACAGUUCAAGAAAAGACCAUUUGACCCUUACAAUGUUUUGACUAGCCCAAAUGAAGCAGUCCUCUGCUCCGAUUCGUUUCAGAGCAUGUAUACACAGAUGUUGUGUGGCCUCUACAUGCGCCACGAGGUUCUCCGAGUCGGGGCGGUUUUCGCCUCCGGUCUUCUCAGAGCCAUCCGGUUCCUCCAGCUCAAUUGGGAAGAAUUAGCCCAUGACAUCUCCACCGGAACCCUAAAUCCCAAAAUCAUUGAACCUUCCCUCAAGGAAUGUAUGUCCGGAAUCAUGAAACCGGAUCCUGAACUCGCUGAUUUCAUUGUAAAAGAGUGCUCAGGGGAGAAUUGGGAGCGCAUAAUCCCCAGGAUUUGGCCUAACACCAAGUACCUCGAUGUCAUCGUCACCGGUGCCAUGGCUCAGUACAUCCCAACCCUUGAUUACUACAGCGGUAACCUUCCGAAGCCGUGUACCAUGUACGCGUCUUCAGAAUGUUACUUUGGGCUUAACCUCAAGCCCAUGGCUGAGCCUUCCGAGGUUUCAUACACUAUCAUGCCAAACAUGGGGUACUUUGAAUUCUUACCCCAUGAUGAGUCAUCGAGUCACGUGACAAGCAUGUUGUCACGUGACUCUCCCCCUUGCCUGGUUGAUAUGGCCGACGUGGAAGAGGGAAAAUACUAUGAGCUCAUUAUUACAACAUACUCCGGUCUUUGUCGAUACCGUGUGGGUGACAUCCUCCAGGUCACCGGUUUCCACAACGCGGACCCACAGUUCCGGUUCGUGCGGCGGAAGAAUGUGCUUCUGAGCAUUGAUUCGGACAAAACAGACGAGUCAGAGCUUCAAAGAGCAAUUGAAAAUGCUGAGCAAUUAUUGAAGGAGUUCAAAACCAGUGUGGUUGAGUACACUAGCUUCGCUGAUACCAAAUCGAUUCCGGGGCAUUAUGUAAUUUACUGGGAGCUUCUAAUGAAAGACUCGUCUUUCCCUCCAACGGGUGAUGUGUUGGACAAGUGCUGUUUGGUUAUGGAAGAGUCGUUGAACACGGUUUACAGGCAAGGAAGGAACGCUGAUAAUUCUAUUGGACCGCUAGAGAUACGAGUGGUGAAGAAUGGCACGUUUGAGGAGCUAAUGGACUACGCGAUCUCAAGAGGCGCGUCGAUUAACCAGUACAAGGUGCCAAGGUGCGUGAGCUUCACGCCCAUAAUGGAACUGCUUGAUUCUAGGGUUGUUUCCUCUCAUUUUAGCCCAGCUGCACCGCAUUGGACCCCGGAACGUCGUCGUUGAGGGGUGGCUAGGAACUAGCUAGUAACGUACAACAUGCAGACAUGCACGAGAAUAAGGGGCGAAAAGAAAAAGUGAUGUUUUCCCUACCAAACCAGAAAGUAUCUGCAUUCAAUGUUGUUUGAUAUUUCAAAAAUGCACUAUUUUUUCUUUUAGAUGUUUUGUUCUUUUUUUUUUUCUCUUUUUGGCUGUGCCUUUGUUAAACAGUUAUUCCUUUUUAGCUUUUAUUGUCUGUAAAAUAAGUUGAGCAAUUCAAAGUGGGUGCUUGCACAUGUAGCUUUCAUGUAAAUGCUUGUUUAUCCUCAGUUUGGAAAUCAUGUUAGCUUACGUUCA